UCAAUUAAUCAAUCAUUCAGAAAACCGUUCAUUCAUCAUUCCAUCAAUUCAUUUUUCCCGAUUUGCGAAUAGCAUGUAAUGAAUGUGAGAAAAUCACAUUUUUCACAUGAAUAAGUCAUAAAUCACUGUUAAACGUAUUAAUUUGUUCCGCCUUUAAUCUAGAAGUAAUGGCUGGAAACGAGGAACUAACCGGCCCUGUGCCUCAAGAUCUAGAAGCAGCAGAGAAGCUGAAAAAUGAAGCUAAUGAAUAUUUUAAACGGCAAAACUACAACCGUGCUAUUGAAUUAUAUACUCAGGCGAUCGAGAAGAAUCCAACCAGCGCUGUUUACUUCGCCAACAGGAGUAUAUCUAAUUUAAGAUUAGAGAACUUUGGAUACGCACUAAAUGAUGCAUCCAAGGCUAUAGAAAUAGAUAAGCUGUACACCAAAGCAUAUUACAGACGAGCGGCGGCAUACAUGGCCUUAGGAAAAUACAAAUUCGCACUUAAGGACUUUGAAUAUGUAAUCAAAGUUCGGCCUAACGACCUCGAUGCGAAAAUGAAAUACAACGAAUGCAAUAAAAUAGUUAAGAAGAUCGCAUUCGAGAAAGCCAUCUCAGUGGAUAAGAAGGGAGUGAACAUCGCGGAUACUAUCAACCUGGAUGCUAUGACAAUUGAAGAUGAAUACGAAGGUCCAAGCCUGGAGGAUGGUAAAGUUACACUGAAAUUCGUCAAGGAGCUCAUGGAAUAUUACAAGGAGCAGAAGAAACUUCACAAGAAAUAUGCUUACAAAAUCCUCAUCGACGUGAAAGCAUACUUCCAAAAGCAGCCAUCCUUGGUGGACAUCAAGGUGCCAGACGAUAAGAAGUUCACAGUUUGCGGAGACAUACAUGGCCAGUUCUAUGACUUGAUGAAUAUUUUCAAGCUGAAUGGACUUCCAUCAGAUACGAAUCCGUAUCUAUUCAACGGUGACUUCGUGGACCGAGGCCCUUUCAGCGUGGAGUGUAUCUUUACCCUAUUCAGCUUUAAGUUGCUCUACCCCGACCACUUCUAUAUGUCUCGAGGUAACCACGAGACUCGAGAUAUGAACCGUGUCUACGGUUUCCAGGGCGAAGUGACAUCAAAGUACACAUCCCAGAUGGCAGAUUUAUUCACGGAACUGUACAAUUGGCUGCCGUUAGCGCAUUGCAUCAACAACAGGGUACUGGUGAUGCAUGGCGGGCUCUUCUCCAAAGAUGACGUUACACUGGACGAUAUCAGAAACGUGGAUAGGAACAAACAGCCACCGGAAGAUGGUAUAAUGUGUGAACUGCUCUGGUCUGACCCGCAACCCAUGGCGGGAAGGUCGCCCUCGAAGCGAGGCGUGGGAUGCCAGUUUGGUCCUGACGUCACAGCCGCCUUCCUGCAGAAGAACGGCUUAGACUACAUCAUAAGGAGCCACGAGGUCAAGAACGAUGGCUAUGAAGUUGCUCACGAUGGGAAGUGCAUUACUGUUUUCUCAGCACCCAACUAUUGUGAUACAAUGGGUAACCUUGGUGCUUUCAUUACGAUGAAUGGCAAAGAGCUGAAACCUAAAUUCACAUCUUAUGAAGCUGUGCCACACCCAGACGUGAAACCCAUGGCCUACGCCCACUCGAUGCUGAGCAUGUUCUAUCAAUGAUCCGAGGACCAAUUGUCAAGCAACGACGUCGACUCGUUAUCAGCAUAAAUGAGUUGCGACGUCACUUGGCAAUACUCUAAUACACUAACAUUUUCAAUUCCAAACAACACCAGAGUCAAAGACUUCCAUACGAAAUCUGUGCCACUGGUACAUAAUACUAGAUUUUUUCUUGGGUUCCUCGAUGAUGGAAAUGAACUUUUAAGUCAUCGAUGAAAGGAAAGUGUGCAAAAAAAUAUUACCAACCCCUACCUACCCUGAAAGGUAAAACAUUGGGCAGAGCCCCUUAAAGGUCCUAUAUGAAGUGCUAAAAGGAAACUAAAUUAUAAUAUCCAAAUGUAUGUGAUUUUGAAAGCCUUCUGUUUUUGUAUGUAGCGACAUAUAAUGACGCAAAAUUGAAAAUUGCCUUUACAAUGGACCUCCUGCAUUAUGCUGUCCAAAACUCGUGUGUUUCCUUCAAAUUUAAUAUCUGGAAAUAUAGAUAUCAGUGGUUUUAGACAGCAUAAUGCAGGAUUAAUCCAUUUAUUAUAUAUAUACUAAUUUAAUAAUGCCAAUGUAUUUUCUAGCGUAUUUAUUUGCGUCUAAAGCCAUUUGGUAUAUUUUAACUGUAUACUAUCUAAGUCAAUAAAGUAGUAUGGACAAUAUCUUCGUAAUAAGACUGCGAAUUUUGCUUAAUUAUUUUCUUAAAUGAUGUUAUUUUCAUUUUAAGGAAUCUAGUAAAAACUGGAUUAUAAAUAGUUACUCAAAUGAUUUCACUUGCUAAGCUAUUUUCGACCUUAUUGUCUAGUACUAAAUUAAUAAUUAUGAUAUAUUAUAGACAAAAACCAUCACUUUAUCUCCGUUAAGCAUUAUUUUUCAUUGUGUUUUAAUAUAAGGUAUUUUCUAUGAUUAAAUUGUAUAGGCUCAGUACACAAUCAUCCCCCCCUAAUUACAAUUCGUCAAUCGAAGGUUCAGAUGUUCGAUUUUCCAAUGUGAGUUUGAUGUAUUCGUUAAUUGACAUCUGUCAAUAUUUUUAUGGUUGUCUAGGAAUUGUUUAUGAUCUACUAUCGUCAAUUACGAAAUAUUUACAAGUUUUUUUUUUAUUAUACCUAAGAAUUUAUUAUUUUUAGAAUUAAAAGUAUAGUUUUAAUGAGUUUUUGCCAUACUGAGUUUCAUUAUUAUCCAACCAAAAAGUUUUAAACGCACAUAGCGGACAUUUUUACAAUCUGUUAUUGUUCUGUAUCGAAUGAAUUUAAAAUAAGUCACUUAUAAGCCUUUGUUAUAAACCAAAGUCUUAUAUGUGAUUUUAAAGCGCCAUUUUAUAAAUAUCAUUCUAAAAGUAAUGAUUGAAGUUGUUACAACUGACUAUCCUAUCCAAAUAUAUAUUUUAAAAGAUUAAGAACAUUCUAGAUAAAUAUUGUAUUGCAAGAUAUACAUUUAAUUGAACGCAUGAAAAUAAAGUACUAAUUGUGUACGUUUAAUUUGGAUUGUCUACAUUAUCUAUAAACAAAAAGUUAUCGAUUGGACGAGUGGUAAUUAGGGAAUUCCCUUUAAAUUUUGUGCUAAGUGUAUUUAAGGUAGUGGAUGCGUGGGACCUCCCCUUUGUCUAUGGUUCAUGUACAAAAAUGCAUUUUACACUGUAACCGCCAGUGUUGUCAUUAUUUAGUUUUUAUAAUUUUAACUAGAUGUUGCAAUGUUUUUUUUUCUUUUAAAGUAAAUUUAUUUUAUUUGAA